GAACCGCAAGCCUAUCCCCGUCGACGCCACCUUGGGUCUCAUCGAACUUUGUCGCCCCGGUUAUGGUUAAUUGGCGAUCCUGGCAAAACAGAAACCGUCGAGACCUUCAGAGACCAGGAGCAGACGAUCUGACGCUUGCCUCAUGGCGUCUGCGGCGCAGUGGUGUUUCCGAUGUCCGCCGCUGCGACUGGCCCUAUUAUAGGGACUAGUGCUACUGUUAUCGGUCACCUCUCUCCGUACCUACAUAACUACAUUCCAAAAUGCUUCUCCGGCCGGCCGGCCGUCUCCAGCAGGCAGCGCGGCGGUGGCACGCCGUUAGUUAAUCUCGCCGCUCCCUUCCUCACGCCCCUGUUUGAGACUUUGGGCGAUGGGCCGGGGGGUUGAGAUCCUCCCACCUUCCCCUGGGACCCCUUGCCCCCUUCUGGCUUGCGGAUUCGGGGACAAGGUGGAGUACUGUCCGUCCGCCCCUGUCGCGCGCGAUCCCGGAAAUACACUAGCUGUAAUGACGACGACGAGAUACAUGUACGUCCGUACAUCAUCGUUUCCCCCUUUGGCCAUGGAAUGGAGCAUAGUACGUCGUUCAAGUCGGGUUACCGACUUCCAAAGAAUCUCUUCGAAAUCAGGGUCACUUCAACUCGCCCCAUUCGAGCCUUCGAUACCAUCACCAUGGCCGCCUCGCCGCCACGGUCCAGUGCUGUCGACGCAGAGCUUCCUUGCAUGCCUCGUCGACAGUCGUGCGACCGUUGCCAUGAGCAAAAGGUUCGCUGUGUCACCGUGGAGGCGGCUGGCUCCGAGGCUUUCGGGGAUAUUGCGGAGGAGGGUACCCAAAACCCAGGCGGACACUUCAUCUCGUCGGUGCCAUGCGCGCGAUGCAGAAAGGCCGGGGCGGUUUGCAUCUACAGCCGCGGCAUCCCCCUGAGUAUCGCACAUCACCCUUCUCAAGAGUUCUUCGCCCAAGAUCCCGGCGCGCGCGAGACGGCCUCUCUGCCUUGCUCUACCGUUGCCUCAGCAUGGCAACAAAACGUGCAUCGCAACCCGGACACAGACGCUCCGCCUCUCACAGAACAGUGGCAUCCGCCGUCAUAUCACACCAGUGGCGCUCCGACUACUCCGGCCGACACUUGCGACUUGGCCGCCUUCGCGGCUGUUCCCGCGAUCCCGUGCGCAUCCGUCUUCCCACAACCUGCCAACGACAUGAUCCCGACCGCAGACCACGACUUUGUUGGCGGUUAUUCGUGGAGCCUCCCUUCCUCUUCGGAAUCUCUCCUCGAGCAACUGUCGCAGAUCAACCUGCGCAUCCACCUUGGCGGACGCUCCCUGCCCGAACCAUCCACCACGAUGGCGCCAUGGUCCUUGGCCGCAGUCAACGACGUCCUCGACGCCGCUUGCUCCCUGACUGACGCUGUGGACCGAUUUACCGCCGGGAAGGCCAUGUCCUCCCUGGAAGAACCACAAGAAAGCGGCAGCAGGAGAAGGAGCACGCUCGAUGCGGCCUUCGAUUCUUCGACCCGCCUGACGCUCCACGCGUGUCACCAGGCCCUCCUCGGCGUCUUCGACCAUAUCUCGGCCUAAUUGCUGCUCUAUCUCGCCCAGUCGCCACAACAACGAACGCCGCCCGCAACGCCGCCGCAUCUUCCCGCUUAUUAUCUCGCGACGUGCAACCAGCAGGCAGCGGUCAUGGCAAAUCUCAUGGCUCAUCUCCUAAACGAGCUAGACCGCACUUUUCUAGCCUCAUCGAUGUUAAUGAGCACACAUUCCCUGCAACAUCAUCGACACCAC